AUGGGAAUAAAUCGCCACUUCUCGCUUUUGGCGCUUGUGUUCUCUCUUUCUGGAACCCGGGCACAAAACUCUACCAACCCAACAAAUUCGACGAGUUACGAUGUCCUUGAUUACGUUGAUCAAUUGAUUGGAAGUGCCAAGGGAGGGAAUGUCUUCCCGGGAGCCACUCUCCCAUAUGGAAUGGCCAAGGCCGUUGCUGAUACCGAUUCCGGUUCCAACCAAGGAGGGUUCACGACGGAAGGCGACAACGUAUCGGGGUUCUCGAGUCUGCAUGAUUCAGGAACUGGAGGAAGCCCUUCGCUGGGUAAUUUUGCGUUAUUCCCCUAUGCGAGCUGCCCUGGAGAUGAUGUGAAUGGGUGCAAAUACCCGAAAGCCGCAAGGAAAAUCAAAUAUGUAGAGAACUCUGUCAAAGCCUCCCCGGGAUAUUUUGGACUUCAAUUGAGCAGCGGAGUUCAUGUAGAUAUGACCACCGCCCAGCAUACAUCGCUGUUCCGAUUCAAGUUUCCAUCCGAGCUUGCUGAUAGCUCGAGCCCGCUGCUACUCAUGGAUCUAACGGAUCUCCAGGAUUCAAGGCAAGAUAAUGGGACCGUCACCGUGGAUGAAGCAACCGGACGGAUGACUGGUAAUGCUCGAUUCCUCCCAAGUUUCGGGAUAGGGAACUUCGUUCUGUACUUCUGUGCCGACUUCCAAGGAGCCCCCAUUAGAGACAAUGGUAUUUUUGUUAAUACUCGAGCAAGCGCGGAUGUAAAAAAUUUGACACUGGCAAGAUCUAUCAAUGGCUAUCCUCUUCCAGGCGGUGCCUUUGUUCGAUUUAAAUCACCAGGGAGUGAUGGCAUCCUAGCGAGAGUCGGGGUCAGCUAUAAAAGCAGUAAACAGGCCUGCUCAAAUGCCGAAUCGGAGAUCCCUUCUUUCGACUUUGCUGCCACUCAAAAAACAGCGAAUAGUAUGUGGAGGGAUAAGAUCAAUCCCAUUAGGGUUUCCACUGAUGGAAUUGACUCAUCCAUCCUGACAAACUUUUAUUCCGGGAUUUAUAGAACCAUGGUCAAUCCCCAAGACUAUACCGGGGAGAAUCCCUUAUGGGAAAGCUCAGAGCCAUAUUUCGAUUCAUUCUACUGUAUAUGGGACUUAUUCCGCUCGCAGAUGCCGUUUUUGACAGUCCUGGAUCCAGUCACUAUUACUCGGCAGGUUCGAUCCCUAAUUGAUACAUAUCGCCAUUUAGGCUGGUUGCCAGACUGCCGAAUGAGUUUGUGCAAGGGAUACACGCAGGGUGGCUCGAAUGCCGAUAACGUGCUGGCCGAUGCCUAUAUCAAGGGUCUUUCGGACGGAAUCGACUGGGAAACUGGCUACCAAGCCGUUGUCAAAGAUGCAGAAGUUGAACCUUAUUUUUGGUCUGUGGAGGGACGAGGAGGCCUUGAUUCAUGGAAAUCUGUGGGUUAUAUUCCAGUUGAAGACUUUGACUACAAAGGUACCGGGACCAUGACAAGAAGCGUAUCUCGCACGCUCGAGUACAGCUAUAACGACUUUGCCAUUUCGCAGAUUGCUGCCGGGCUUGGUGGCAGAGACAGCCAUGUGGAAAAGUAUACAUCUCGAAGUGGAAAUUGGCAGAAUAUUUUCAAACCCGAUCAAAAAGGAGGAAACGUUGGGGGCAAAGAUUCGGGAUUCACUGGCUUCCCUCAACCGAGAUACCUGAACAAAACCUUCGGAUUUCAAGAUCCCCUCACCUGCAGCAAUAUUGACACUAAUCCAAACAGCGUCUGCUCGCUACAGAGAACUGCUGGAGAAACCUUUGAGAGUAGUAUUUGGGAGUAUUCAUUUUUUGUUCCUCACGACCAAGCAACUUUAAUUACAAAAUUCGGAGGCCCAGAUGCAUUUGUGAAACGCCUGGAUUACCUCCACGACAAUAAAAUCACGUACAUCGGCAAUGAGCCAGCAUUUCUGACUGUCUUCCAAUACCAUUAUGCAGGUCGCCCUGCUCUUUCUGCAAAGAGAUCGCAUUUUUAUAUUCCCGCCUUUUUCAACAUCACCCACGAUGGACUCCCAGGCAACGAUGAUAGCGGUGCUAUGGGAUCAUUCGUCGCCUUUUCAAUGAUUGGCUUAUUCCCCAAUCCGGGUCAAAACGUAUACCUCAUAACACCGCCAUUUUUCGAACGUGCCACUAUAACUUCUCCCGUAACAAACAAGUCCGCGACAAUCCGAAACAUUAAUUUCGACCCAAGCUAUAAGAACAUAUAUAUCCAAUCGGCUACCUUGGAUGGAGAGCCAUACACAAAGAACUGGAUCGACCACUCUUUCUUUACUGAAGGGAAGGAACUCGUCCUAACGCUUGGAAGUGCGGAAAGUUCUUGGGGGACACAGGUUGCUGAUUUGCCACCGAGUUUGGGGACAUAUCAGGGAUAUGGGAAUUCCACUGGAAAUGGCACAACAACUCCUGAGAAGAGAGCCCAAGUAUUUGAGGAUGCUCUAAUCAGUCGUCUCACUGAGAAGACAGGAGCUAAUUAUUGGGCUCAUGAAGAGGGUUGA